AUGCCGUCGCCGAUCGCAAACUCUCAUGACCCCGACUUCGUCUAUGCAGCGCAUCAAGCAAGUCAUCCAAGUCCCCAGAUGCAAAGUCACAGCAACGACGAGGUCGCAUCGAUAGAGAACUAUGGCUAUGAUCGUACCCGAGACGGCUCCGAGGAGGAUCUCUUCCGAGGCUUCAACAGCUAUCGUGUGAGCGGGAUGCGCAACCAUGAGUUCAAGACUUAUCUGCUGGACGGAAAGAUUGAGAAACCUUGGACUGCGGACAAGAAAUACAAAGCGCCUCGCAAGGGCAAUUGGUAUAUCCUCGGAGGGCUUCUCCUUGCGAUAGCUGUCAGCGCAGUUGUGAACUGGAGGAUCGCGGUCGGCGUUCCCAACCACGAGAGUCUUCCUUUGCAGUAUUGUCUAGUCCUGGACGAUUCCUUCAGCACCCUCGAUAAAUCCAUCUGGAGUCAUCAAGUCCAACUUGACGGGUUUGGGACGGGCUCAUUCGACUGGACAACAACGGAUGGCCGAAACGCCUUUACUGAUGGAGAUGGACUUCACAUCGUUCCCACUUUCACAACUGCCACAACCGAUAUUACUGAAGGCCAACUAUACAAGGGUUAUCAUCUGAACUUGGAACAGUCCAAACAUGGUGACGGUUCAUGCACAGCCAGCACAACUGCGGAAUACUAUGCCGAUGAAUGCAGCCGGACCUCCAACAUUUCCUCCCACACAAUCAUAAACCCCGUGAGAUCAGCACGCCUUACUACGCAAGGUGCCAAAUCGAUCCUGUAUGGUCGUGUUGAAGUCGUGGCCAAGGUGCCAAAGGGCGAUUGGCUCUGGCCGGCAAUCUGGAUGAUGCCCGAAGAUUCUGUAUAUGGAAUCUGGCCGCUGAGUGGCGAGAUUGACAUUAUGGAAAGUCGCGGUAAUGCGCGUGGCUACAGAAACGGCGGAAGAGAGGCAGUCUCAAGCACAAUCCAUUGGGGUACCUCGUGGAAGACCGACAACUUCUUCAGAACCACACAACAACGCAAGAUUCAAAGAACAGACUAUUCCGAAGGUUUUCACACGUUCGGGCUCGAGUGGUCUAAAGAUUACCUUUACACAUGGGUCGACAAUCGACUGCAGCAAGUUCUCUACGUCGACUUCACGAAACAGGAUCUAUGGCAACGCGGCCAUUUCCAAGGUGACUACGAAAACGGGACGCAGACCAUUAACCCCUGGUACCUUUCAACCAACAAGAAUGCACCUUUCGAUCAAAAAUUCUACCUGAUUCUCAAUGUUGCGGUCGGGAGUCGCAAUGGCUGGUUCGCGGACGGAGUUGGUGGCAAGCCAUGGGUUGACGGAAGAGACUCUGCAGCCUCUGACUUCUAUGGCGCCAGGUCCGAGUGGGAACCGAGCUGGGGAACGGGAAACGAACGCGGUCUGACGGUCAAGAAUGUCAAAAUGUGGCAGCAAGGUAAAUGCAACACAUAG